AUGACCUACUCCUCCGCUCACUGCCGGACGGGCCAGCGCCGCCGCGCCGGACCCAUAUGUCCGGCGAGCUACCACCACUCUCGUCCACUUGGUCGCGUCCCCGCGAAGCUUAGCCUUCAGCAGCACCAGUCAGCACAAGAGAGCACACGAGUCAAACACCGCGACGACGAACCGUCAACACAUUCGGCGACGCUUUCCCUCCCUGCGUGGUCGAUCUUCUUCUCCUUGCACGCAUCACCUUCCUCCCUGCGCAGCCUCUCUCCUUCAGUUGCAACCACCGUGAUGAGUCCGUCACGUGUCCACGCCGCCGUGCUCUGCUCGGCCGUAGUGCUGCUAACUAUCUUCCUGCCCAUCCACGCCCUCAACACCACCACGCCGUCCUCGCCGUCGGCAUGCGACCCGGCGGCAUGCGGCACCCUGCGCAUCGCGUACCCGUUCUGGCUGGAGGGCACGCACCCGCCGGACUGCGGCUACCGGGCCUUCCAGGUCACCUGCGACGCCAACAGCACGGUGGCCCUCAAGAACUCCUUCCUGGCCUACCAGAUCGUCAACAUCUCCUACGAGGCCAGCUCCUUCCAGAUCGCCAACGGCGAUCUCUCGGACGCCUCCGCCUGCGACGCCGACAGGCUCAGCGUCAACGUCUCCGCCGACCUCGGCCUCGCGCCCUUCGGCAUCAGCAAAGCCAACCAGGAGCUCUUCUUCAUCUACAACUGCUCCGAUACCCUCCAGCCACCAGCUGCCUGGGCGCCCGUGAAAUGCACGGCCACGGAUGAUGGGACCAACGCGUCCACGACGCUCAACUCCUUCACCUGGCUCGCCGGCGGGUACAGGCCCGACGAAGCCUGGAGCCCGGCGCCGGGGAACUGCACCGUCUCGAUGAUGCCGGUGCUCGGGUACGCCGGCGCCGCCGGGAAAGACUACCGCCGGCUCAUGAAGGGCGGGUUCCUCCUGGAUUACACGGCCGGCGACUGCACGGCGUGUAUGCAGAGCGGCGGUCUCUGCCGCAUCAACACCACCUACGAUAUCUUCCAGUGCCACUGCGCCAACGGCGUGUCCGAGCUCAUCGUCUGUGACGACGGUAACUAA